CUGCGAGACUACGUUAGUGUUUGCUGUCGCAUAGUGCUUGCGCGCGUUCUAAACUCCGAUUUCCCGCAACUGUCUUUUUUACCGGAAAAUUAAGUGUCAGCAUCAGUUAUCAAGUGCAGAAGUCGCGAUGAUAGUUCACCAAUAGAUUAAAGAUAAUUGGGCCAUGCAGCCAAAUGAAGGGCCAAGUGGAACUGCUCGAAGUAGAUUUGAGGACGAGGGUGGAUUACUGCCAGAUAGCGGUGGUGUCGUGGAGAACGAUGUUAUGGUCGGCGAUGGCACCUGCGUGAAUACCUGCGGCCUCCAUCAACAUCAACAGCAACAUUCUCCAGGUCAUCUUUAUCGCCAAGAACAAGCGCAACUUCAGCAACAGCAACAACAACAGUAUCAGCAACAACGUCAGCAGGAGGAGCUGGAAGAUUUUCUAUACUUUCGUGGACCACCGGAUCAGGAGAUGGUGGCCCAAGAAAUGGCACAGAGUUAUACGCAGCUCCUCCAUCCGAGUCAGGAGCCACAGGAAUUCAUUUCGUUGGAGGAGCUUCAUCCGCGUAUUCACCAGGAACAUCGUGUUCACGAUAACCGCGGUCGGGUAGUCUCGACGAUCUUGUCCGAUACCCAACUCUACCAGCAUCAUCAUCAACAACAACAAGGGAAUUACUAUAAUCUCUCCGCUGUUCAAGAAAGUUCGUGUUCCACGGUUUACUUCGGCGACAUAGGUACGGGAUCGGGGGUGGGAGAAGUAACCACCGCCUCGGCGGGGGGUGGCGAAGGUCUCAGCCUGACUCCAACCCCCGCCAACAACAGCAACAACACAACUACCGCCACCCCCAGCACCACUGGCGUUACCACCAUUACCAUCACCACUACCACCACCACCUCCAACGACACCACCCCGCAGAUCGUAACGGGGGCUGAACCGCCCCAGCACAUGGAGACACCCUCGACGAUGGUCCCCGACCAGGCACCCGCCUCCGGCCAUCACUACCACCGUCAUCACCACCAUCAUCAGCAUCAUCAUCAACGCAGCGCAUCCACCACUCCUAGCCAUGGACCAAAUACCACUGACACUUCCGAUGAAUUCGUCGCGGUUUCCAGAAAACGGAAGCUCUCCUGCCACGACAGUGGUGAUUUAUUGGACGACACGGGAGACGAUGCCAAAUCUGUUCGCACAAACGACGAUAGCAAAAAGCAAAAUCACAGCGAAAUCGAGAAAAGACGAAGGGACAAGAUGAACACUUAUAUCACCGAGCUCUCAGCGAUGGUACCAAUGUGUCACGCGAUGUCUCGUAAACUCGAUAAACUGACUGUGCUGAGGAUGGCUGUGCAGCACUUGAAAACCAUAUUAGGAGCUGUUACCUCAUACACGGAAGGUCAUUAUAAGCCAGCGUUUCUCAGCGAUCAAGAGCUUAAGACGCUUAUACUUCAAGCUGCGGAGGGUUUUGUCUUCGUGGUGGGCUGUGAUCGUGGAAGAAUUCUUUAUGUAUCCGAGUCUGUUUUGCAGACACUCAAUUAUUCUCAGGGUGACCUGUUGGGUCAAAGUUGGUUCGAUAUUCUGCAUCCAAAAGAUGUUGCCAAGGUGAAGGAACAGUUGUCCUCUUCGGAUCUUAGUCCACGCGAACGAUUAAUAGAUGCCAAAACGAUGUUACCGGUGAAAACUGAUGUGCCUCAGGGUGUAUCGAGAUUAUGUCCUGGUGCACGAAGAUCCUUUUUCUGUAGAAUGAAACGAAAAGUCGAAGGUGUUCGUUGCAGUGAAUUACAAGUGAAAGAGGAGACUGAUACUGCUGGCGGAUGUCAUCGACGAAAAAAGCAACAAAACGUCGACUGGAAAUAUUGUGUAAUACAAUGUACUGGAUAUCUGAAGUCCUGGGCGCCUGCAAAAAUCGACCUCGAAGAACACGAAGGUGACGGAGAUGGAGAAGCUUGCAAUCUGUCGUGUCUAGUAGCAGUUGGUCGGUUACAGUCAACGUUACCUGCAUCUUUGCCUAAAAAGCCACGUUUGAGACCGAUAAAGUUUGUCUCGCGACACGCGAUGGAUGGCAAGUUCCUCUUCGUUGACCAAAGGGCUACUUUAGUGUUAGGUUUCCUACCACAAGAGCUACUUGGUACGAGUAUGUAUGAAUAUUAUCAUCACGAUGAUAUCCCUCAUCUAGCGGAAUCUCAUAAAGCUGCUCUUCAAGCAUCCGAGUGCGCCACCACGCAAAUAUACCGAUUUAGGACCAAAGGUGCGAGUUUCGUGAAGCUUCAAUCCGAAUGGAAAUCUUUCAGAAAUCCAUGGACCAAAGAUAUCGAGUACCUAAUAGCAAAAAACUCUGUUACUUCCUGUGACUCGCGAUCGAUCACAAACAGUGGAAACAGAUCUGAGGAUUCCAGUGUUCAAGGCAAUUACGACUACUUUACGCAAAGUAACGGCGGAUUAGAGAGAUUGAUCUCGAGUCACGUAGAGGUAAGUAAAAUCGGAAGGCAAAUAGCUGAAGAGGUUUUGGAUCUUCAAAGACGCGGUGAGGAUUCUUCUUCCGGUAGCAGUCCCGGACCAGGACCGGAACCUGCUUUGUUAAGCACCGAGACACAGAUCACUACCACCGCAUCGCCAGAGAGAGUGCAAGACAUGACGCAGUCAACCAGAGGCAGCAACAACAGCAGCAGUAAUCCUACGCCAACAUACAACCACAUAGCAAACAACUUGCAGCUGAACAGCAUCGCGAACGACCAAGGAGCGUCACCAGACGAAGAUAUGAUGGACAUGAUCGGUGGUACGACGAUUAACGAAUCACCGAACCCAGUGCCAUCUGAUGGCAACGACGAAGCAGCAAUGGCCGUGAUAAUGAGCCUCCUAGAGGCGGAUGCAGGUUUAGGUGGUCCCGUGGACUUUUCUGGUUUACCCUGGCCGCUUCCAUAGUACAUACGUUUUAAUUGAGUCGUAUUUCCAAGUGUCCAACGAAGAUACUACGCCAACUGUUUUACAGAAACUAGAAGUGUGUGUACAUAUGAUAUCAAGUGAGGAUCAAGAUGACGUUCUUUCGUUGUUUCGUUAUUUUAUUUUCAUCGUGCUUGAGUACUUGAUCAAACUUCACCAGCUGUGUCCAUGUUUCAAUUAUCCGGAAACUAGUGCACGAACAUCACUAUAAAUCUUUUUUGAUUGAUGUUUUGAAACAGUUAAAAUAGAUAUUCUUGGUGCUGAGAUGGUGCUGUUUAGAAAACGCGUCAAAUCGUUGUACGUUUUAGUUUUAUAGACAUAUCAUUUCUGUGAUCAAAAAAAUGGAAUAUCGAACGUACAGAACGAUUGUAAUCUACUACUAAGUUGAAAUGAAUGUCUACGUUCAUUUUGAAAACGAGUAAACAGAGACUGAUCCAGAAUUUCUUUAGCUAUGGUCGUCAAACGAUUAUGAAGCAUCGUAAACAAGGAUAAUUCAGAAUAAUUCGUACAUAGAGUUAUAGCCAUCUGAGAAUCAAAUCAAUAUUUUUUUAUCACUUAAAUAGAUCAUUAAAUGGCUUUUUUCGUAAUUUUAUAAUUAAACGUUUGCUGUUUUUGUACAAGAUUAAAUACGAUUUAAAUAUUGUAAGAAUGUUAUUUUUAUCUCAAUAUUUUAGUUCAAUUUAUUGUUAAUUAAUUAGUUGUUUAGAGAUGUCAAUUUCGAAUUUUUCGCUCAGGAGCUUCGCGCGAUUAUAUUAGGUCUCCUACCUCAAUUUGUAUUUCAUCCUAAUCCACCGAUUUAUUUCCGUCUAUUUUUCAUCUCCAUCAAAAGUAAUACCCAGGAUCAUUCGGUGGCUCUUAUCCUCUAAACUUCAUCGAAGCUAUGAUAGAUAAAGAGGAACAUUUAUUAAUCAUUUAUUAAGAACAUUAUUUAAGCAGUUUAUAAAGGACCAAUCUAUGACUUUAAACAUCACGAUAGUUUAAUUCUUUUAAAAGUAUACUUCCUGUAAUAAUAUUUUCAAUGUAUUAUUACGAAAUAACCAAAUUAAUUUCUAUACAAACGUAAAAGUCUUUUCUUGUUGCAUAAGUAUCAGUAAAUAUAUAUAAAAGAUACAUAACUUUAUUAAAAGGAAGAAUAAGAGUGACUGAAUCUACAAUAAAAUCAUCGCACAUAGGAUAGUCUUUCCUUCAAACGACGCAUCUUGUAUUUAAUGAAUUGUUUUACAUAGUUUCGAAGACAUUUAGAAGACAAUAGACAGUGAUAUCGUACAUCGAUUAUUGCUUCAAGAAUCAAUUACAUAGAUAUUUAUAUGUAUAUAAUAUAUUCAUUGUACACUGUCCGUUUCAUAAGGCGAGCAGUUAAGUUAAUACUGUACAUACAUACAUGUAUCUGAAAUCUUUUUCACAGUAAUCAGUAUAAAUGUUUUAUCGUGCCACUGCAUACAAAUCAACGGAGCAUCUUUUAAUUAUUGAACGCAUCGGAUGAAAUUUAGAUAGUUCUGACGAACACCAGGGAACAAACGCUAGCAAGCGUUAAGGUCCAAGUUCCUGUUCGUUGUUCUAGCGACAAAUUAACGUUGCGUGUAUAUAUGUAUUCUCACAGAACGCGUGAUAUAUGACGCAAAGCGUACCUAAUUAAAUUAUAAGAAACCGGAGAAUGAUAACGAACGUUCCAGCAGCUACAAGCAGUGCACGUUGCAACGUGAACACACAAUACUAUAUCUCUUCACAUGCCAUAUGUUGUUUUAAGAGGGCAUACAACAAUGAUACGAAUCAGGUAUAUAGGGAUUAGAACCUCAUCAACGUAUACUGUGAUGAAUUAUUUUGGAUAUACACAAUAUGAAAUUAUUUUGAAUAUAAAAUACUCGAUAUCUUAUGACAAUACUAAAAUUUUCUGGCUGGAAUUUCUGAAAAUUUUCUGUAACUAUUUGCAAGCAUUACAAGAUUAAAACAAAACUCACUAUUUAUUUAUUUGAAGUUUUAUAUUUAAAGAUAACUAUUUUUUAUCCUUACAUGGUGAUGAAAAAUGAAUUUCUGAAAACUAUAAAAAUACAGUUAAGAAACAUUUUUGAAUACCACAUUCUGUAAUGCUCUUGAAUGUAUUUUGACCGUUCAUUGUUCCAUACUACAAUUUUAUUACAAAAGUAGAUGUUAAAAUCUUCCUUUGAACAAACCUCAUUCCUAUGAGCUUCUUUUUCAAUUAUGUUUUUCUUUCAGAACUUGAUUGUGAACUUGAUUUGCAUUUUUUAUAAACAUUUCGACGUAAUUUUUUCACGUAAAUAUUGGUCAAGUUUCUUAUAUUUUUGUGCAAAAACCAGGAAGAUAAGAAUAUUCUUAUGCCGAAAGAUGAAAUUGAUGAAAUUAUUUCACGAUGCAGCUAGGUGAACCGAUCGAAUAAAAACAAUAAUUUACGUAUGUUAUAUAAGAAUAAUGUACAUAAAGCGUGUAUAUGUAAAUAAAUAUAUAUCA